GGUCGCAAAGGCUGCUACUGUCUGAGCCCACUCUGAAGCCUCCUUAGGACAGCCUGAGCUCAGCACCCCGCAGGACAAGCCCAUCAAAUGGCAUUUUUAAGAUAGAGUGUGGAAGGACUGGAGAGGGGUCAGCAGUUCAGGGUGCUUGCGGCUCUGCUAGAGGGCCCGAGCUCCGUUCCGAGCACCCACGUUGGACAGCUCACAACUACCCAUUGUUUUUUUUUUUUAAUUUUUUUUUUUUUUCAAGAGAGAGGGUUUCUCAGCAACUAUGGAGCCUAUCCUGGAACUCGCUCUAUAGACCAGGCUGGCCUCGAACUCACAGAGUUCCUCCUGCUUCUGCCUCCUGAGUGCUGGGAUUAAAGGUGUGCACCAACACCGCCUGGCCCACCUGUAGCUCUUAACUCCAGGAGAUCUCAUAACACUUGAUUUCCAUGAGCCAUCUAGACACCCAGAUAUACAUAUUUAUACAUUUAAAAUCUUUUCAAAAAGAGACUGGAAGAGAGUAGAGCAGUGGGGGUGAAAACAAGAAAAACCACUCACCUGUCCACAGAUUGUGGGUUGACUGGGAUUAUUUAUUUAUAGGUUUUCUGUAGCCCAGGUUAGCCUGCAGCUGACUAGCACAGGCUAACCUUGAUCAAUGUGAUAAUCCUGCCUUAGCCUCCCUAGUGGACUGAACCAUCACACCUAACAUGUUAACGCUAAUUGAAACUCAUUUUUAUUGCUUACUGAAUAAGUCAUGAACUGCAGAGGGACCGGGGAUGUAGCUUAAUGUUAGCGUGUUUACACAGCAUGCAUGAGGCUCUGGUUCCAUCUCCAGUACUGCAGACAAGCAGUACCGAAUGGGGCCUUUUGUGCCCAAAACUCUUAUGAGUGGACUUUUUUGGAUUCUACCUCGUUUCAAUUUAUAGCAUAAGCAGAGUGACUGCUUCUUCAUUGCAGUGUCGUCUACUGUAAUGUGUUCUAAAGAACGUGAGGAAUAUGUGCUGGAGCCCACAGGCCCAACUUCGGGUAUACACUGUCUUGGUGUUUACGGCUUCCCUUAUGAACAGUGCACCUUGUGAGCUAGAAGUGGUCCAUGCCUAGCACAAGAAGCCGAAAUCUAGCAAGGAACAUGGCCAUUCUGUUCACACAGAACUGUCUUGUGUGAGCUGCGGAAAGCCCCUCGCUGGGAAGCUGCAGACCUGGUAGACUUUCCUGGGGUGUUUUGGAUCCUGACUCCGGAAUGUUGCCCAGGUCUUGAGGAGGUUCUGACCUGGUGGUAAUGAUGGUUUUGAGUAGUGCGUAGUUUGUAAGGAGGUAAGCAUUGUCGCAGGGCUAGUGGUUUAAGGCGACACUCACCUACUCGUGGUUUCACUGUCUUCAGCCUCAGGGUUUCUUUGGUACUGCAAGGCUGUAGUCAGGUUUUUGGCUAGGGCUGGAUUCUCUGGGCCUUACUAUCUGCAUCCAAGCUCACGUGAUUUUGGCAGAAUUUUGGUUCAUUGGAGAUUGCUGGGCUACCUGCUAAUGGAUAGAUAGAGGUCUCCCUCAGCUUCUUACCACAGGUGUCCUUUCCUAUCUCAACACUGAUCUCUGCCUCCUGAUCUCCUCGCUCCUGUGUAAUGCUCUCCCCUAAAUGUAGGCUGGCCUAGAGACUGACUUCUAGACAAUACAGCAAAGAUGGCAUUUCUGUGGUGCGACUCCACAGGCUGGAACCUCCGUUCUGCUCGUGAGCUCCAUCCUUUCUGAUGCAGAGUGCACCUAUGUUUUCAGGGUAAAAGGCGAUUGUGGUUGGAUGGUGUUGAUACCACGGAUCUGGACUGCACACAGCACUGGCAGAAUAACCUCCUGGAUACAUUCCGGUUCCCUCUAUCUUUCUCAGAUCCUUUGGCGUGCAGUAUCACGCUGAAUCACUGAAAAUGUAGAUUUCUCUCACUUUUGGUAUUUCCAGCAGCGAGCUGCGCCUGGAGAUCAGUGGUUUCCAAAGAGAAACUUCUUGUCCAAGAAGAUGUACUUCCCAUUUUGGCCACCAGGUAGUGCCAGUGCUCUUACCUGGUUAAUCUGAUUGCCUGGUUGAGGGAUGACGAAUGGGGGAUUAGGGCCAAUGAGUGUAUGCAGCAGCUACUCUCCGACAGCCCUCAUCCCUUUGUCCUGGUGAUUUCCUUAGCACCAAGUUGUCGCGUCCACCCUCGACCAGCAAGGAAAAUGCAACACCCGGACCUCUUCUUGCAGCAGUUUUCAGGACUUUAUUCACAGCAAUCUUUCUCCUUCUCCUUCUCUCUUUCCCUCUCUCUCCGGGCAAACCUCUCCCAGCCCUUAAGUAGGCAUGGGCUGCCAACCCCGAACUGCCAGGUGGGCACUGCCCAUAGGUUCACGCAUAUGCAGGCAGCUGAUAAUCAUUGCGUGAUCAUAGCAUAGGUCAGGCCUUAGCCAUCUCAGGAGUUGAUUAUACAUCUCCAUCAGGUGUGACACCACGCAGCUCGCUACACCAAGUGCCUUCUCAUUUCCAGUUUCUAGAGGAUUAUCUCAGCACAGGGCCCUGUUUCAAAGAAGCACACAGUCUGCUAGGGGAACAAGCAGAUUAGCAAUUACAACGUGGUACAAGGACUUAGUGGAGGUAUGCAUAGGCCAUUGUAGAAUACAGGAAGACUUCCAGUGUAUAGGAGGCUUGUCUUUCGGGGCUUAGGGAGGGUUCUUUUUGGAUGGAAUUUAUUGGAUAUGCUCUUAACCUCUUCAAGCAAAGUCAUCCUGGUCUUUACAAGGGGUGUGGUAAGACUGACCUGGCUAGAAAACUCUUAACUAAAGAGGUCAGUGCCAGGAAAAGGAAGGCAGUUGACAAAAAUAACAUGAAGGGCGUUGAUGGCAGCCUGGCCGCUUUGGAAGUACAGGAGCUGAAGUGAAUGCUGGCUGGGCUAUGGGAUGGGAACCAAGGUCUGUACUCCUGAACUCGAAGCCAGCUAGCAGCACUGGAGUGUGAGGUGCCCCCUUGUGUUAGUUGUACAGUGGAAUUAAUUCCUCUGUGUUCAUAUAUCUGGAAUUCGAGUGCUCCUAGAAGUCAGUGGCCUGUUACUUUUUUUUGGGGGGGGGGAGGGGAUCUGGGCACAUAUGCAGAUACCCACAGAGGCUAGAGAUGUCAGACUUUGCAAGAGCAGCACGCACUCACCACCCACUGAGCCAUCUCUCCGAUUCCCUGUUUGGUUUUGACUUCUCCCCUUAGAGCUACAUACCAGUGGUGUGACUUAGAGUGAGCACCGUCUGAUGUGAUGAUGCAUAGCAUGUUGAAGUGCGAUAGACUGCUACCUUGUUAGCUAAUAAAAUGUGAGGACAUGCAUGAGAGGAGGGGAUCUUGGGCAGUUCUUGAAUUUCUGGCUAAAGUGUGUUGAUCCACUCAACAAAAUGUGGAAGAGAAAGACGUGGGGUAUUCACCAGAGACCACUUGGAUGUGGGUUUAAGCCAAUAUAAAGUCUUAUUAGCCCGCUGGUGACUACACUGGCUAUUCAGGGAUCCCAAUGUACCCUCAAGCCUUUCUCUGGGUGACCUUUCAAGUACAAAAUCCAUGUCCUGGGUUGACAUCAGUUAACAAGCAUAGUCAGCCAGAAGCAGAGCUACAGAAGCCAAAAUGGAAGGUUAGUUCAUUUAGAGACUUUCCCAGAACUGUGGACUUUGAUGGAUUAGGUCUUUGUUUUCAUCUUGGCAGAUGGUGCUAUCUACAUGUUUUACAGCCUGAAUGAUACUUCCAUCAUGGAGUCAGUUGUGCUAACAUCUGGGACCCUGUUACAGACAUUCUGAUAUUUUCUAGCAUAAAUAGUGAUCUGUAUUUGCUUCAAAAAUCUACCUUGCUGACUCUGCCCAGGCUCACUGGGUGUAGCCACUGACUGAGCGCCUCUCCACCCCAGGGGUCUGGAAGGAGGCCUUACUUGUGUAUUUACCUUCUCAAGACUUGUUCCCCAAACAUGGAUGAUACUAGCCAUUCCUGGGCGAUGGUGGUGCACGCCUUUAAUCCCAGCACUCGGGAGGCAGAGGCAGGUGGAUCUCUGUGAGUUCGAGACCAGCCUGGUCUACAGAGCUAGUUCCAGGACAGGCUCCAAAGCCACAGAGAAACCCUGUCUCGAAAAAAAAAAAAAAAAAAAAAAAAAGAUACUAGCCAUAGAUGAAGAGAUGAUGCUGUCUAGGGAACUUUAGUUCUAUCAGAUGUUCCCUUUAUCUGAUUUAAUCUUCUUGUGGCCCAACACCCAGGAGGUCUGAGCAGGACCAUUUCCAGUUCAGAACGUGGCUCCUGGCUAUUCAGAUAGCAGUGAUAAGAUCAGGGUUGAGCAAAGCUGUUUGCUUUGAGUCCAGUCAUAACCACAGUCAUAGCCACCUAGGUCACGUUUACCCCAGCAGUGUUCUAGAGCUCUACAGAGGUGACAAACACAAGGAGUUUGGCCAAUGUGGGAUGCAUACAUGUCUCUAGUACACACCUUUACUCUCAGAGCCUAGAAGGCUGAGGCAGGGGUCUGGAUGGCAGUUUCAGACUAGUUUGCACAGCAACAAGGGAACAUCUGUUUUGAAGAAGUGAAAAAAAGGUGUAUGGGGAACUGGGGAGAUAGGUAAUAAAAUACUUGUUGCAUAAACAGGACCUGAGUUUGAUCCUCAGCAUCCACAUUAAAAAAUCUGGGCAUGGGGGAUGGAGUGAUGGCUUGGUAGUUAAGAGUACUGGCUGCUCUUCCAGAGGACCCAGGUUCAAUUCCCAGCACCCACAUGGCAGCUCACACCUGUCUGUAGCUCCAGUUCCAGGGGAUCUGACACCCUCUCAUGCAGGCAAAACACCAGUGCACAUAAAAUUGAAUUUAAAAAAUCUGGGCACGGUCGCACAGGCUUGUAACCUCAGUGCUGGCAGGAUGGAGUUCACUGACGAGCCUAGCCUAGUUGGUGGAUCUCAGCCACCCCGCCCCCAAGAAAAAACCCAACAAGGUGGACAGCCUUUCUGAGAAUGUGUACAUCCACUCAGCCUCCAAAGUCAAAUAAAAGCACGAUGAAAGUGUGAACAAUGUGGGAAGCGCUCACUCAGUGUUCAGUGUUUGGCACGUAGAGGAGGUUAGCCAUGGCCAGAGGAGUAAUUUCCCCAACAUUAUACUAUGCAUAAACAACUGAACCCAUGUCUCUGGCAUUCACCAUGUGUGCCGAAGGUAAGUUUGUUUCGUAAGGAGCUGGCGCUUAAAGUGCCUGCCUGGAGAAACUGGACUUGGAUGGUUGUAAAGAUUUGAUUCAGUGGGGUCACUCACUACUUGAAAGUGUGUCAGAACCUAUCCAGGUAGAAAUCAGCUGGGGGUACCCUGGGAAGGGGCACUGAGGCUGGGGCUCCCACUAAAGUGCUUGUCCGCAUCUAGAUUUGGAAUAUUGUCUUAUCCUGAUCUCUUCUACUUUACUUUUUCUGAAUCCAAACUUGCUCUGGGGCCAGGUUCUUGGCACUUUCUCCCCCUGCAUGCUCUAACCCAUUCCCAUGCCUUAAGCUGCCAGCUCACAUGUUCCAGGCUCUGAUCUGUGUUCUGUUCAUGCACAUUUGUCCUGCUGCUAUACUUGUCCUCUCUACUUGACUCAGUCAUUACAAACUUAAUGUGUCCACAGGAACUCUGUUUACCCCGAAGCCUUUCACAUUCUCGGCAUUCCCACGGUCACCUAUCUCACGUUAUUUAGUUCACAAAAGUUACGCUAUCCUUUAUUCCAUUUGCUCCCCGCAUGCCAAUGAGCUCUGCUUUUAAAAUACAUCCCCACAUCAGACCCCCUUUUCCCUUGGUCCAAGCCACCUACAUGUCUAGCCUAAGGCAGUAGUUUCCUGGUGGGUCUCCUUGCUUCCUUCCCCACCCUGAGUGUUUCCACAGAGACCACCAGCAGCAUCCUUUAUUGCUAGCAGUAUCCCAACAUCUGUUUCAAAACAUCCCCAGGCUCCGUGUGACCCUCCACAGAGCCGCAGAGGGCAGUGGUGUUGACUGCACUUGUGGCACGAUCUUGCCAGCCCUCCACCCGCCCAAUUCCGACUCCUGCCUGUUUUUAGAGACACCCAGGUCUGACUUUAGUGUCAGAUUCUUUUCUGGUCUCAGCUCUGCAAGUUCUUAUUCUAAUGUUAGGUGCUAGGGAUUAAGUCUAGGGCCUUCGAACACACUGAGCAAGCGCUUAUAAUAAGCCUACAAUCCCCAACCCAGGUGGGGUUGGGUGGAGCCGACAGUAAAUGAACUUGUUGAUCGACCAUUUCCUUGACUGGCAGGGCUAGUCUAAGACCCAGGGAGAUACCAUGGAUGUGCUCCAGCCCAGUGUCUGAUGGCCUCUGGGCUCAGUUAGGUCCUCUCUUCCUUGCUGAUUGUUGUGUCACAUGGCCUCUUAGCCCCACCCUUUCUAUUGCAUAUUCUCUGGGCUCUGGAUCCUCCUGCUGGUGUACUUUAUCCUUAGUGUGGAGUGGAUGUGGGACAGGUAAGGGUGGACCCUACUUAGAACGUCGUCCAACAUUGUUUCUUUCCAAGGCUGAGUGUCUCACACCUGUAAUCUCAGUACUCGGGAGGCUGCGGCAGGAGGAUCACAUGAGUACAAGGCUAGCCUCAGCUAUGCAGUUUCAGGUUAAUCUUGUCUACGGUGUGAGACAGUGUCUUAAAACAAAAACAAAAAAUGAAGGCUUGUGUCCUUGUUCAGGGCCUUCCUCACACGCUUAGGGUUCCUCUCACACUGGCUGCCUCCCCAUUCCCGGACAUAGCUUCCAUCUUACUGCCUCCUUUCUUUAUAGUGACUACCAGAACCACCUUUCUGAAAGAACCUGACCUAAAAACAUUGUCUUCAUUCUUGGGCCCCAGUUCCUCAGGUCCUCAUCCCUCUUAGAAAUGUUAUUACAUGUCUACACCGCCUCAUAGGUACAAAGAACCAACCAGUCCUAUGAAAGGCCAUACCUGCUCGGAGCUGACACCCAUGGGGCUCUUCAUAAUGUAGAUCCCAGCCUGCUUUUUAUAGUCCUUCAACUCACUCCCAGCCCACCUCCAAUCCCAGGCACUCAACCAACCGGCGGGGUCUCUGCACUAAGCAGAAGCCCUCAGUGAAUGAUGGUUUUAUCCAGCGGAUCCAGAAAGCAGACCCCUCCCCCUGAGAGUCCGCCAUGCCCCGCCCCUAGCGGCCCACUGCAAGAUCUGUAAAUUGAGGCGCUGGUGCCUCUGCCCUAAGACUCCUCAGCCCCUCCCUUGACCUCGGGAUUGUGAGCUAAGAGCCAGGCCUAAGAGACUGGACCCACAUCCACGCACCCUUGCCUGGGCUGGACCCCUCCACCUCGACAGCUGCAGGAAAGAGUGCUGUGGGGCUCCAGCCCCACCUAGGAAUGUCUGGUCCCCAGGUGAGCUUUCCCGACUGACAUGGAGCUGGUUGGGCAAUAAAGAGGUACUGGGACAUCAAGCCAGCCAACCCCUCGUCAUCCCACAGAAUUAGGUUUAAUGGGGUUACCCGGACAACCCGCACACGGGGAAGCUGGCGAGGGAGCAGUGUUGUGUCCUGUUCUCAAGCAGGCAGGGUUCUACAGGAGAUGGCCUCUGGCCUCCAGGGAAGGGGUGGCAGUGUGCGUGAUGAAGAAGGACAAGAGACACCACUGCUGGAAAAUAUACCUUCAUCCUCACCGGCCACUCAUGGUGCCUGGUGAGGGAACCCUUCUCCUCACUCAUUCCUCUUUCUAGAAACCCACAGUCAUGUGAACUUUGCGACUUCGGCCCUGCGGUUUGACCUUCAGUUUCCGUUCCUCAAUUUCUUACCAAUCCUCCUUCUAUUUCCUUCCCAGACAUCACAGGGCUGGCCCACAGCCACCUCCGGGAGGGCGUCAGCUUAGACCUCACCAACUUGAUCUUCAGUCACCUGGCUUUGGGGAGCCAGGACCUUACUGUAUUUUUAAUUCUCUUUGGCAAUAAACCCUCCCCCAUCCUUAGAGACCCUGAUAAAUGUCACCACGUUGUUGAUAUCCUCCCUUGGCCUUGCCUCAAACUUGGUCUUUGCUUCCUGGUGUACCCAGGGCAACUGAAACACGCCCUACUUACACGUAACAUGUCUCUUCAAGCUCCUAGUACAUGGAGACUGUGUCUUCCAAGGGCAGCACACAGGUCUUGUUCUAUUUACCAAAAAGACAAAGUCUAGCCUAGAGAGGCAUUGGAAAGAAUAAGUGAACAAUAAGGAUUGAGCUGAAGGGGAUGUGUGGGGGGAUCUUCAUAAAAAAAUGGCUUCUCGGAGGCCUCAACGAAGAGGGCUAGAUUCUGGGUACAUUAGAUCCAUGCAGCUACAGGACCUAAGUGGUGUAUUGUAUUAACUAACAUUGAGCUCUUUUAUUGUUAGGUCUCAUGCUUGGCACAGGGGACCCUAGUCUGCACUCAAGUUGUGUCCCCUCUAGGAAAAAAGGAAGACAAGGUCAGCAGAUCUUGAGCCAUGAGCAGACCAUUCCUCAGGUGGAGGAACUUUCCUGGAAGGAUGUUAUUAACGCCUUGUCCCUGGCCAACAUGGUCCUGGGGCUCUUCUCCAUCUUCUGCAGCUUCAGCGGGAAAUCCCUCUGUGCUUCCUGGAUGCUUUUGAUCAGCUUCCUGUUAGACAUGGCAGUAGGGACGAUGAUCAGGCACCUCCACAUCUGCCACAAAUUAGGACUCGAACUGAACGACUUCGCUGUCUUCACCACCUUUGGCCUGGCCUCGGCUCUGCUCCUUGGUGUGGAUGGGCCUCUGAAUGGGUUUCUGGCCGUCAUCUAUGUGUUAACCACUUCCUUCCGCCUGUGUUUUUACUCAACUGAAGGAGGACCCUCUGCAUACAAAGGUCUACCUUGUCCCUAUGCUUCCUGUGUUUUGGCCUCCACCUGCCUACUGACCAAGGGCAACACCUUUAUUCUCUGCUGCAUGGCUUCACUCAUGAUUCUGUUCAUGAUCGACCAGAGUUGCUACCCACAUGAUGAAAUCCUGGAGUCCGAGAACUGGAAAAAAGUGGUUUAUAUGGGAGGUGUCGUCAUGCUCCUUUUCUCCCCGUUCUCACUCACCGCCUUAUACUGCUUGAUCUGGUCGCUCUCCUACAUCUUCUUCCCAGAUGCCCUGUGGGGCACGGGGGUUUGUAUUAAGCUCUAGCGAGGGGGAACCGUGACUUCACUACUCCUGCUGGCUCUGUGGGCUCUGCACUUAGCACACUGGACCAAGACCUGCCUCAUCCUCACUAAAGCUUUCCUGGUGCCUGUAUUGUUAUCUGCUGUCUCUGGUCUUGAAUCACAACAACCCACAGUGGGCCCAG